AUGAGCCGCCAAUUCACCUGCAAGCCAGGCACUGCCACCAAGGGCGGCUUCAGCGGCUGCUCAGCGGUGCUCUCGGGGGGCAGCUCCUCCUCCUACAGGGCAGGGGGCAAAGGGCUCGUCGGGGGCUUUGGAAGCAGGAGCCUCUACAACCUGGGCAGUGUCCGGAGCAUCUCCCUCAACGCGGCCAGUGGCAGUGGGAGGAGUGGAGGUUACGGAUUUGGCCGCGGCCGUGCUAGUGGCUUUGCUGGCAGCAUGUUUGGCAGUGUGGCCCUGGGCCCCGUGUGCCUGACUGUGUGCCCGCCUGGCGGCAUCCAUCAGGUCACCGUCAACGAGAGCCUCCUGGCCCCCCUCAACGUGGAGCUGGACCCCAAGAUCCAGAAAGUGCGAGCCCAAGAGAGGGAGCAGAUCAAGGCUCUGAACAACAAGUUCGCCUCCUUCAUCGACAAGGUGCGGUUCCUGGAGCAGCAGAACCAGGUGCUGGAGACCAAGUGGGAGCUGCUGCAGCAGCUGGACCUGAACAACUGCAGGAACAACCUGGAGCCCAUCCUCGAGGGCUACAUCAGCAACCUGCGGAAGCAGCUGGACACGCUGUCCGGGGACAGGGUGAGGCUGGACUCGGAGCUGAGGAGCGUGCGGGACGUGGUGGAGGACUACAAGAAGAGGUAUGAGGAAGAAAUCAACAGGCGGACGGCUGCGGAGAACGAGUUUGUGCUGCUCAAGAAGGACGUGGACGCAGCUUAUGCGAAUAAAGUGGAGCUGCAGGCCAAGGUGGACUCCAUGGACCAGGAGAUCAAGUUCUUCAGGUGUCUCUUUGAAGCUGAGAUCGCUCAGAUCCAGUCCCACAUCAGCGACACGUCUGUCAUCCUGUCCAUGGACAACAACCGGGACCUGAAUCUGGACAGCAUCAUCGAUGAGGUCCGCGCCCAGUACGAGGAGAUUGCCCAGAGGAGCAAGGCUGAGGCUGAGGCGCUGUACCAGACCAAGUUCCACGAGCUGCAGCUGGCAGCCGGCCGGCACGGGGACGACCUCAAAAACACCAAGAACGAGAUCUCGGAGCUGACCCGGCUCAUCCAGAGGAUCCGCUCAGAGAUCGAGAAUGUGAAGAAGCAGGCUUCCAACCUGGAGACGGCCAUCGCCGAUGCCGAGCAGCGGGGGGACAACGCCCUGAAGGAUGCCCGGGCCAAGCUGGACGAGUUGGAGGCCGCCCUGUACCAGGCCAAGGAGGAGCUGGCCCGCAUGCUGCGAGAGUACCAGGAGCUCAUGAGCCUGAAGCUGGCCCUGGACGUGGAGAUCGCCACCUACCGCAAGCUGCUGGAGGGCGAGGAGAGCCGGAUGUCAGGAGAAUUUCCCUCCCCUGUCAGCAUCUCCAUCAUCAGCAGCACCAGCGGCAGCGGCGGCCACGGCUUCCGGCCCAGCUCGGUCAGCGGCGGCUACGUGGCCGCCAGCAGCAGUUGCAACUCCGGAGUGUGCAGCGUCCGCGGCGGGGAAAGCCGGGGCCGGGGCAGCACCGGCGACUACAAGGACACCCUGGGGAUGGGGUCCAGCCUGAGUGCCCCCUCCAAGAAGGCCAGUCGGUAGAGAGGGCUGCCCUGUCUCCCGCCACCCCCGUGUCCCCAGCUCUGGCUCCACAUGCGCCCUCCCCUCCCACUGUCAGCCUCAUCUCUGUCCUGCUGGCCCUGCUCUUGUACCUCAGGUGCUGGUCUGGGCUACUCACUUCUCCUGGCCUGUGUCUUCCUGAGCCUGGACAGGCGUGGAUGACUGAGCUUGGUGAAAUUCCUCCCUGCGCAUGCCUGGUGUUCACCUCCUUG